CACGGCUGCAGUGCAUUGGAUAUUGAAUGUGUAUGCCGUUGUCGUGAAUAUAGUGCUCAAUAUUUUGCUUCGCCCCAUAGCAAUGUCUCGUUGCUUCCAAGACUGAUGUAUACUUGACCAUGGAGUCAUUCCCCAAACCAGACGGCCCUGAGGCCUUUGACGCGGCGCUGCCCUUCAAGGCCGUCGUCAUUUGCUGCACCAGCGUUGCGGCUGAUCUUCGAACCGAACUAGACCACCAGGCUGGCCAAAUGGGUGGCACCCACAAAUAUGACCUUACUCCAGACGUCACGCAUCUGAUCGUGGGAGAGUACAAUACCCCCAAAUACCGUCACGUCGCCAGAGAACGGCCCGAUGUCAAGCCAAUGGCUGCUGGAUGGAUCCAAGCCGUCCGAGACUUGUGGGUAAACGACAAAGAGAUUGACUUCCACAAGUUGGAGGCCGAGUGGACCCUCAAGCCUUUCGAAACCAGCGGCGGCCUGGCACAAGAAGACCGUGGCAGACUGCUCUGCUGCCUUACUGGCUUUCUUGAUAGCGAGCAGCGCCAGUCUAUCGAGGACACAGUUAGGGCAAAUGGUGGCAACUACACGGGCGAUUUGUCCAAAGCUGUCAGCCAUCUCAUUGUGUACCAGCCCGAGGGAAAGAAGUACAAAGCAGCUAAGAACUGGGGCAUCCCGACCGUCUGCAUAGAGUGGCUCCAAGACAGUGUGGAGAGAGGCAUGAUACUGGACGAAAAGUGCUACGACCCAGCUUUGCCAAAGGGAGAGAGAGGAAAGGGAGCCUGGAUGCCCAAGGAGGCCAAACGCAUUUUGUCGGGAAAGCGGCCGAGAGAAGGCCCUCCUGCAGCCCCCGACGAUGGACGGAGAAAGUUGCGCAAGACGGCCAGCAUGAAACUCGACAAACAAAGCGCCAACCUGUGGGAUGACAUUCUCUUUAAGCAGCCAUCUGCAAACCCUCAGGCAACCCAACAGCGAGCCGGACUGGAGCAGAGAGCGGUAACCAUGCCCGUUACCGCCCCCGCUGGCAGCUCCCUUGCAUCUUUCACCGUCAACCAUCCUCUGUCGCUGCCUCAAGCUGGAGCCGGCCAGAGCCAGCCAGACGGUCGCAUCUUUUCCGGUUGUCGGUUUUUCGUGCACGGCUUCUCUCGACAGCAAUCACAAGUCGUCUACGAACACUUGGAAUCUCACGGCGCCCAGAUCUCUUCGUCGCUCGCUGACGCCGCAUCUCCUGUGCAUCCCGAAGAGCAGCGCUUCCUCCUUGUUCCCCAAAGCUCUCAACCCAACACACACCCGCUCUUGCCCGACGGUGUGCACAUCGUGACCGAGUUCUACAUCGAGCGAUGUAUUUAUUACAAGCGGCUGUUUGAUCCGAACGAGCACGUGUUUGGGCGCCCAUUUCCGCAGUUCCCGAUUGAAGGAUUCCAGAAAUUGACUAUAAGUACCGCUGGCUUUAAAGACGUGCAGACGCAUCAGGUUUCCAAAACCGUCACACAACUGGGCGCAGAGUACCGAGCAAGCCUCAAUCGUCAGAGCUCGUUGCUGAUAUGUCCCUCGAUAGAUGAAGUCUCCAAGCAAAAGUUGGACUUUUGCUUACUGACCAAAAUACCCGUCGUCAAUAUGGAGUGGCUAUACCAGUGUAUUACAACUGGUUUUCUCGUUCCUUGGGACAAAUUUUUGUUUCCGGAGCUGAAGCAGCGGCUUUCUAUCGACGUGGAUCCCGCUUUGGAGAAGGAAAGACAGAAACUCAAGAGAUCGCGGUCGGAGCCUGCUGCGAAGCAGAAGGCCGACUUUCGUGCUCCGCCCUCCAAGGCGACAGUGGACCGGACAGCAUUCGAAAACAAUACCCCUCUCGCACAGGCACGAGAGGGCUCUGCGUCCGAGGGAAAGGACCCAAAUGAGUCGUACUACGAAACCGCAAGAAGUAAUCUAGCCGAUAGUGUAGAUGGGGAACAGGUGGCUGCACCCUUAACGGAAGUGUCAGAAAAUGUGCUGAAUAAGUCACCAUCGGCGAAGCUGGACCAGCUGGACCAGCCUCCCCGAAUGCCAUUGCAGCGAUUUCCAACGGGGGGCACGAUCGCUGACUCGGAAGGCGGAGAUGAAUCAGAUGCUGCAUCUAUACGGACAGACAAGGCGCCAUCCGUCCCAGACGUUGAGGCGGCACGGAACCGCAAAGCAGAGGAUGCCGAAAUGACACAAAAACGGUUGGCAGACGAAGCCGAGGCCGCACGAAAGCGCAAGGUAGAAGAAGAGAAAACAGCUGAACGCCUAGCCCUUGCAAAGAACUUGAUGUCUCUUGUCGACGCCACUGCUGAAGCGGCUGCUUCGGAGGGCAACGAGUCGUUCAACCAAGCCUCAGCAGUAGGACCCAAACGUCGCAAGCGAGAGAUACUGGGCCGAGCAGUCAGCAAUGUAUCCGCCACUUCUUCGGCAAGCGCUGAAUCAUCCAUGACCGCCACUGCAACAAAGGUUCCCCAACAGCCAACGGCCAGACGAGUGGACUCGAACAAGAGCGCGCCCGGUGCAUUGGGGCUCCUUGAGGGUAUGCUUGAUGGGCGGGACAUGAGUGCGGAGACGGAAGGGGAGAAACCACCUGCGGCAACGCAGUUGGACUACGAUAACCCAGAGGCGCGGAAACACCGCGCUGCGGUGGUGGACCGCAUGAUGGGGAACAAGAAGGCGGCGCCUAGGAAGAGCUUGGAGAAACCCACGCUGGAGGGAUUGAAGGGUGAUGAUCCUACGAGUACGAGGAGGAGCAGACGGCGUUGAGGCGGUUGGUACAGGUCCAAGUACAGGAAAAGUAGACUGAGGUUGGAUUAUGUCUGCUCUAUGAAUUUCACGGGAUAUGAGGAGCAUUGAGUAGGCGCAGGGUAGGAUACCAAUCAUGAGAAUAACAAGCAUUAUAUAAAGCAUUUGAG